UUAGAUGACUACGGUUUCAUGCGAUCUCCUGUUAUCAACGAUGCCCAUUUAUUCAAGACGAAGGCGCUGAAAAUAAAAUAUAUGUAUAAAAAAAGCCCGUAGCUCCUCCUCCCAGACCCCCUCCCGACACGCGGAAUAGGAGGGCCCGCGGCCGCCCGCCCGGGAGACCAUCCGUGCGGUACUCAAGCGGCUUGCAAACUCUUGUCUUUGGAAGAGCUUUCCUCCUUUCCGGUUUAACCCUCCACGCCGCGGCCGUUCCCCGGGCUGGCGCGCGACCAGCGGCCGAGGCCAGGGCGGCCGCGGGCGGUGAGGACGCAUCAUUCAGAAUUUCACUAGGAGGAUCCAGACCAAAAUCAAAGAUCUUCUACAGCAAAUGGAAGAAGGGCUAAAGACAGCUGAUCCUCAUGAUUGCUCUGCUUAUACUGGUUGGACAGGCAUAGCCCUCCUGUACCUGCAGCUGUCCCGGGUCACUGGUGACCAGGCUUACCUGCUCCGGUCCCUGGAUUAUGUCAAGCGGACACUUCGGAAUCUGAAUGGCCGCAGGGUCACUUUUCUCUGUGGAGAUGCUGGGCCGCUUGCCGUGGGAGCUGUGAUCUAUCAUAAACUCAAGAGUGACUGCGAGUCCCAGGAAUGCAUCACAAAACUUUUGCAGCUGCACAGAACCGUGGUCUGCCAAGAGUCUGAGCUCCCCGAUGAGCUGUUGUAUGGACGGGCAGGGUAUCUGUAUGCCUUACUGUACCUGAACACGGAGAUUGGCCCAGGCACCGUGUGUGAAUCUGCUGUUAAGGAGGUAGUCAAUGCUAUUAUUGAAUCAGGCAAGACUUUGUCGAGGGAAGAAAGAAAAGCUGAGCGCUGUCCCUUGUUGUAUCAGUGGCACAGGAAGCAGUAUGUUGGAGCAGCCCAUGGCAUGGCUGGAAUCUACUACAUGUUAAUGCAGCCAGCAGCAAAAGUGGACCAAGAAACCCUGACUGAAAUGGUGAAGCCUAGUAUCGAUUAUGUACGCCACAAAAAAUUCCGAUCUGGGAAUUAUCCAUCUUCAUUAAGCAAUGAAACAGAUCGCUUGGUGCACUGGUGCCACGGUGCCCCUGGAGUCAUCCACAUGCUCAUGCAGGCCUAUAAGGUGUUUAAGGAGGAGAAGUACCUGAAGGAAGCCGUGGAGUGCAGCGACGUGAUUUGGCAGCGAGGCCUUCUCCGGAAGGGCUACGGCAUCUGCCAUGGCGCUGCUGGGAAUGGCUACUCCUUCCUGUCCCUUUACCACCUCACGCAGGACAGGAAGCACCUCUACCGCGCCUGCAAGUUUGCAGAGUGGUGUCUGGACUACGGAGCACAUGGGUGCCGCAUCCCCGACCGGCCCUACUCCCUCUUUGAAGGCAUGGCUGGCACUAUUCACUUUCUCUCUGAUGUCCUCACGCCAGAGACAUCGCGGUUUCCAGCAUUUGAACUUGGCUCUGCCCAAAGGGAUUAAAAAGGUGCAAUAAGACAACUAAAACACCUGUCGGACCAAAAGGCUCCAGAUUGCUCAGUGCCUGACACAACCAACUGUGAAUCCUGAAAGAAAAAAGCUGAAACCCUCACAGGCCCCUUUUGUUGCAGAGACCUUCAAGUUAGAGCAUGAGUGACAAGCCAUCCCAUCAGCGUUUGUGACAGUGUUGCCCUCAGGGUGUGAAAUACGAGUUCUGCACAUCCGGUUCCUGCAGUGUUUGCAUGUUCCCUGGUGUUGUCUGUAGGCAUGAGUUGUUCUCCUCACACACACACAGGACGCAGCUUGCACGGGUUCCAUGGCAGCUGCAUUUCUGUAUCUAAUGCAUAAGGGUGUCGUCUCUGUGUACAGGCAGGAACUGUCAGGAGGCGUCCUUCGUCUGUUAGAACGGUCACUAAGAGUGGCACUCUAGUGAGAAGGUCUUGGUUUUUCCAUAGAUACCUUUCUGAAGAACACAAAGAAAAGACCACUCCAAACACUGAGAAGCAACAGAUAAGAGGGACACUGGGGGAUCAUGGUUAGGGCCACCCCUCGCUAUGUGCUAGGCUGGCCUUGGGCUGUCCAGAAGUGGGAGGGGCCACUGCGACUGUUUUCAUGACCCUUACAUGAAGCUCAUGAGGCUCCUGAGGUCCAAGGCAGCCCUGGGUGGUGGACUUCACAACACCAUGAGUAAUCUUUAAAUUAGCAUUGUAAAUAACAGUGACUGGACAGAUGAAACAUUGGUCAGUCUAGAACAUUCACCCAGGUAUAUAUUAUUACAACAGCUCCCAUCCCAAUUUUACCAAUUGGUGACUUAAUUAUUAUAGGAACAGAGGAUAAAUUGGAAAUUGGUGAUGGAUCACUAUAAGUUUGAAAUAAGCUUCGUUGCAAGCACAUAGAUCUAGUUGAGAAUUGUCCGAAGUAUAAAUUUGGGAUAAAUACAUUGCUUAUUUUUGUCUACUUUAGGAGAGUAAAAUCAAAAGUACUAGGAUGCAUUUGUACACAUGAGGAACACAUUAAUGUUCUAACAAGAAAAUUACAGUAUUAUCUGGGUGACAGUUUCUUAAAGGGAUAUUAAUUUGCAUUAGCACUCCCCUUAGUAAUUCUGCCAUAUAGAAUCUGUUUCAGAAGAGUUUUUGUCAUCAGGCGAGGACUUUCUAAAGACUUCACCUGUGCAAGGUAAGGUACGGAUCGCAGAAGACGGGACUUGGAAUGGCCUGAUCCUUGUCUGUGGGGGCACUUAAGGGUUCAUCAGUCCUAGUUUCCAGUCCUUUCAUGAAGGGAAGGGAAGAGAAUCCAUUUCAAAGACCAGAUGCCUUUAUGCAUGUGCAGUUUUCUGGGCAUUGCUGGAUCUUCUGUGUGGGUCUGGCACCUGAACGUGUGACCUUUAGUUUCUGAGGGUUGCCUUGGAGUCUCCUCUCCUCAGACAGCCCUGUUUCUAAGUCACAAUUCGUUUCCUCCACGUCAGCGUGGUGCUGUAACCCUCAUGAUUAAGCUUUAAGUGACUUCCUGCCUGCUGAUAGCUUUCCAGGGGAGUCCAGCACCCCAUUCUGGCUGACGGGAAUGUUUCAGAGGACCUCAUGUGCUACCCAGCCUCAUCCAGCAGCAUGGUUCCCACUCCCCUUCCCAUGCCAUCAAAGAAUGAUAGAGUUUGCUGAGGAGGCCUGCCUGCCUCCUGUCUGGGGGAGGGGUGUGGGGCUCAGCAAAUCUCUGGGCUCUCAGUCAGCCCUUCUCUGCAAGGAGGAGGCCCCUGGGGACGCCCUGAUUCUGGCCAAGGUGACUCUUAAGUUACCUGGGCAUCUGCCCAGGAGCACGCACUCCUGUGCAUGUGUGAAAAUGACCUGCUCAUUUUUCUGGCCAGCAUGCUAAGAGAAAGAUGAAAUACCUGUGGAGUAAAUGGAGGAGAUUUUACUUUCAGAGCUUUUAAAGCCUGCUGGGUUGGCACCUUGCCCCUUACCCACUGGGCACUGGCAGAUGUGCAGCUCUGUGCUUCUCCAUGCAGCUGCUUCCUCUUGUCCGUUGUGUGGGCCGCUGUGUGAAGAGCCAGCUCCCAGUUCCUCCAGGCAGAGGGUGGGGGAUUCACAGACAUCCAUUUAACCAUUCUGAGUAUUCAAGAUCAGAUUUCAAAGCAUCUCAUGUCCAUUUAUUGGACUUGUUUGUUCCACAACUCUGUUCUCCACAGUGUUUAAAAUUUAAAAUGUGUACACGCACAGUACCGUUUUAAAAUCUGAAGGAAAGAAGUUGAUGUCCACAAAAGUGUUUGGGAUUCUUUGGUUUUGUUAGUAAAAAACAGUUUUGUGGUGA